AUGGGAGAGGGUGAGGAACUCAUCAUGGACACGACUGCGUACACGGCCUUUUGCGAGUUUACGGCGGAAUGGCCCUGUCUGACUUUUGACGUGAUUCCCGACAGUUUGGGUGACAACCGCACUGCUUUUCCCAUGAGUGCCCAGCUCGUGUGCGGCACGCAGAGAAAUGAUGACUUGGAUAUGGAGGAAGAAGAUCAAGAAGAAGAUGCCACAAUUUGCCACAGCACUUUCAAGCACGCUGGUGGCAUCAACCGCAUGCGCGUCUGCCGCCAUGCACGCGAUGUCGUGGCUGUCUGGGGUGACAAGGGGGCCGUCACUGUCUACAACCUGGCGCAGCAACUGCAGCAGGUCGAACAGAACUCUUCGGGCACGUCCGACGGCCAACAGAUUUUCCAACACCAAUUCUCUACCGAAGGCUAUGCCAUGGACUGGUCUCCCGUUGCAGCGCGGCGCUUGGCCACGGGCGAUUGCAGCAGCCAGCUCGCUAUUUGGGACCCAACAGAGCACGGCUGGGAGGUCCGCGUCAGCUCGGGCGGUCACACGGAUUCGGUCGAAGACGUUCAGUGGUCGCCCAAUGAACCCAAUGUCCUGGCCUCGUGCUCCGUUGACAAGACGAUCCGUAUCUGGGACAUUCGCGCUCAACUGCGGCCCGUUCUCAGCGUCAAUGCCCAUGAUGCUGACGUCAACGUUCUCUCUUGGAACAGGCGCGAACAGCACCUGCUCGUAUCGGGCGGUGAUGAGGGUGCCUUCAAGGUCUGGGAUCUGCGCACCUUUAUGAGUGGUAGCCCUGAGGCUGUGGCCACCUUCAAAUGGCACUCGCAACCCAUCACCUCCGUUGAGUGGCACCCCAUCGAUGCCUCUGUCAUUGCCGUUUCGGGCGACGACCACCAAGUAUCGCUUUGGGACAUGGCCGUAGAGGACGACGGUGACGCCAACCAGUUGGUGAAGAGUGACCAGAGCACCGUGCCCCCACAACUCUUGUUUGUACACCAGGGUCAAAAGGAUAUUAAGGAGGUUCACUGGCACAUGCAGGUGCCCGGCAUGUGCAUCUCCACUGCAGCCUCCGGCUUUAACAUCUUCAAGACCAUCUCGGUCUAA